AUGACUCAAUAUGUUGGCUUGCGUGACGGUACCAAGGCCACUUUGUUGGUUGCAACACUGGUGGCAUAUGGUGUAGUCUAUCAUCCAAAUAGUAAUGUCAUUCAUAGAUUCAAGGAAUGGCUGAGUAAUCAUCAAUCUGAGAGUGUGACGUCAUCACCACCAUCAGUAUCAUUGGACAUAUCUCCAAUGGUCGCAACGGUCGCAACAACAACAUCAUCCACAAUAACACCAAACAAUGUCAAUGUAAUGAUAAUACCUUCUUCCUCUGCCUCAUCUACAUCAACUGAGUCAUCAUCCUCAUCAACAUCAAGGGAUACCAAAUCAACAAUCAACAAUGUAGAUAUGCUUAUCAAGGAGAGCCUUAGUAUAUUCGAUAACAACAACAAUCAACUUAGAAGGAGGCUAUUUGGUGACAGCUAG